AGCAGAUGUCGCUUUUCCCUAUCGGAAUACUGGGAUUGAGCCAAUAAACACACGCACGCACGCACGCACGCACGCGCGAACACACACACACACACCAGAGCAUCACAAAGCUAAUCAGAGACACCAACCUCCUCCGCGCACCCCUCCGUCUCUCCUCUUCUUUUCUCACUCACACACACAUUCAAAGACACUCGGCUGGGGCGAACUCCAAGGCUCCACUUCAAGUUGUGGAUGCUAUAUUAGCCUAUAUUUUUAUAUUCACUUUUUUUCCCAUUUAGAAUAAAAUAGUACAUUUCGAAAAUGAUGAUUUACAGAAUAAUAUAUAUUUAAACAUAAUGAUUUUCUAACUGAGACCCAUGGAGUGUGCAUUUUUUGUAGUAUAAUCCGUCGCUCAGAUGGACCUCCGAGGCGCGAAGAGACGGCUUGGGGGGAUAUGGCAGGUGACAUGCCUAGCUCUCGUCGUAUGUGUCCUGGAUUUAGUUUGGGCUCAGAUUCGUUAUUCAAUCCCUGAGGAACUGGAACAUGGCGCUUUUGUUGGAAACAUAGCCGAGGACUUGGGUUUAGACGUCGAGAGACUCUCUGCGCGCAGGUUCAGGAUAGUUUCAGGCGCAAAAAAGCAAUACUUGGAGGUGAAUUUAGAAAAUGGUAUUUUAUUUGUAAACGAAAUAAUUGAUCGAGAGGAACUAUGUGAACAGAGUCUGUCUUGCUCUUUCCAUUUGCAAGUGGUAAUCGAAAACCCAUUGGAACUGUACAGGGUUGAGGUGGAGAUUUUAGAUGUGAACGAUAACUCACCCAGUUUUCCGUGGAGUGAGUUUAAUUUGGAUAUAUCCGAGUCGGCGGUACCCGGGUCCCGCUUCCCACUAGAGAGCGCGCAGGACUUGGACGUUGGAAGCAACUCGCUCCGCUCUUAUCUGCUGAGUGUGAAUGAACAUUUUGUCCUGGACAUCCAGACGCGUAGUGAUGGCAGUAAGUUUGCGGAGUUGGUCCUGGAGAGCCCCUUGGACAGAGAGCAGCAGAAUACGCACCAGGUGGUGCUGACGGCCGUGGAUGGAGGCUCGCCAGAGAGAUCCGGGACAGCGCAAAUCAAUAUAACAGUUCUGGAUGCCAAUGACAACGCGCCCGUGUUCGACCAGUCUUUCUACAGAGUGAGGCUUGUGGAAAACGCACCGAAGGGCACCGUUGUGAUAAAACUAAACGCAUCGGAUUUGGAUGAGGGUCCUAAUGCGGAUAUCACAUACUCUUUCAGCGGGCAUGCUCCCAUAAAAGUGCGCGAGCUUUUCAGUGUGGAUUCGCGCACUGGAGAGAUCAGAGUGAAAGGUGUCGUAGAUUAUGAAAAGGCCAGGAUGCAUGAGAUAUAUGUGCAAGCCAAGGACAAGGGCCCAUCGGCAGUGGCCGUGCACUGUAAAGUUCUAGUCAAUAUCUUAGAUGUGAAUGACAACCUCCCGGAGGUGAUCUUGACAUCAGUGUCCACACCUGUCCAAGAGGACGCACCACCGGGGACUGUGAUAGCUGUCAUCAGCGUCAUGGACAAAGACUCAGGUGAAAAUGGAAAUGUUGACUGUGAAAUUCCACAUCAUGUCCCCUUCCAGCUCCACUCCUCUUUUAAGAACUAUUACACUUUGGUUACUUGUGAUUUUUUGGACAGAGAGACGGUGCCAGAGUACAACAUCACUCUCACAGCAAGAGAUAUGGGCGCACCUCCCUUGUUCACAAGGAAAACUAUUUUAGUUCAAGUGUCAGACAUGAACGACAACACACCCCGAUUCAAGCAGCCAUCAUACACCGUCUAUUUGACAGAGAAUAACGCACCAGGAGCCUCAAUUUGCUCGGUUACUGCCCUGGAUCCAGAUUCAGACCAAAAUGCCUAUCUCUCUUACUCUAUUCUGGAAGGUGAUAUACAUGGGAUGUCCGUGUCCACCUACGUCUCCAUAAACUCAGACAACGGGAAUAUUUACGCAUUGCGUUCUUUUGACCAUGAGCAGCUAAGAAACUUUCAGAUUUUAGUCCAAGCACAAGAUGCCGGGUUUCCACCCCUGAGAACCAAUGUUACCGUAAAUGUCUUUAUUUUAGACCAAAAUGACAAUGCACCAGUCAUAGUAGCACCUCUACCCCAAAACGGCACCGCGGCGACUGAAGUGGUGCCCAGGUCAGUUGAUGCUGGCUAUCUUGUGGCAAAAAUCACUGCGAUGGACGCAGACGCAGGUCAAAACUCGCGUCUGUUCUACCAGGUGCUCCAGGCAAACGACCCGAGCCUGUUUAGCGUCGCUCUGUACACGGGCGAAAUCAGGACGAUUCGCCGAUUUGUGGAAAAAGACCCCAUAAGGCAAAUGCUGGUCAUUCUGGUCAAGGACAACGGUCAGCCACCCCUUUCGGCCACAGUUUCCAUCAUCCUGUCAGUUGUUGACAACGUGCCAGAAUCGCUGCCUGAUUUCGGCGACCUCACACUGAGCCCCCAGUACCGCUCGAACCUCACGCUGUACUUAAUAGUGUCUCUGGGCGUUAUCUCGUUCACGUUUCUGGUGGCUAUUAUCGUCCUGGCAGCGAUAAAGGGAUACAGGGACAGACAUUCCAUUCGGAGGUAUAACUUCUCUCUGAGUGCAUGCUGCGGGUUCCGAUCAGAGGAAUCUACCACUGAUGUGUUCAAGAAGUCCAACUUGAACGUUCAGAUAACCACAGGCACCAAAGGAUCCACGAACUGCGUUGAGGCAAAUGGCAACGGCCCCCUUUCUCAGCCAUACUGCUACAAGAUGUGUCUGACCCCGGAAUCAUCCAAGAGCGAUUUCAUGUUCCUAAAGUCAUGCAGUCCGAUGAAUGCGACUCCACAGAAGAAUAAUGCCAAGGGCACAGACUACCACAAAUCGGGUUGGAGCGCACAGGACUCCCGCAGCCUGAUAGUGAACAACGGAGCAACUAUUCCGAACGAGCUCAAGCAAGCGAACAUGGACUGGACAUUGACGAAAAAUCGACGAAAUUCAGCACACAAAAGCUUUAGCUCCAUGGAGAGGACCUUCCCACGUAGACCCAGGCCGGACCCUGAUGGCUUCUCCUGCCCGGUGGCACCGCAGUACUAUACCUGGGGUAGUCAUAUGCGUGCAGAAUACAAGAUGUCCUCCCAGGUCGAAGGGAUUGGAGGGGUUGGAAGUGUAGGAAGGGUUCCAAACCGUUCGUGGACUCCGAGCUACACCCAGCCUCCAUCUGCACAGCCACCACCUGACUACCAGCACAACGUCUACAUCCCUGGCACACCGUCUGGGUACUGCACUCUGAAGCCUGCACCCAGGGGGGAACUGGAUGUCUACAACUCAUUCUCUACGUUUGGAAAGAAUAAGAGGUUCAUCUCUAGCUAUGAACCGAGCUUUGACCAGAGAGGGGACAACCUGAUAAACAAGGACUUUUUUAAAUGAAUAUAUUAGAAGACACUGUGCAUACAAUUUAAUACACACUUCCGUGGAUGUUCAUUAACUAUUAAUAUAAUCAACCCAUAUAGUAUAAACCUCUGUGCACAAGGAAAAUUAAAAUAGUUUAGUAUAUUUGAAUCGAUGCUUCAAACACAUAACUUAAUACUUUACAGCAUAUUAUUUUCUCUCAAUACAGCAGUGUCAUAAUUCUCUCUUUUCAUUUGUAUCAUGUACAGUCCUAGUUGAUAAUGAUGAUGAGAUUGUGCAGAUAUAAGGGAAAUUAUAGUCACUUGUGGGGAUAAUGAGGAAAAUGAUCUGAGGAUAUCUGUUCCCAGAAGUUAUGGCAAAUUCUCCAAAUGCCUUGAGGGUUGCGUUGUGAAGAUUGUGCAUGGCAUUCUGUUAGGCAGUAAUUUACAAGCAUGUAUAUCAUAUUGUUGUACUUUAUACCUUCAUGUUUGACCCGUUUGGCUUCUUAAACAUGUUUAUAUGUAUAAAAUCGGAUUUUACUGCUGAUUUAUUUUAAUCAAUGUGGGUUAGGACGGGUGGACUGGAGGACACACAGAGCCUUACGUUUGGCUACGGGACAUACAAUGGAGUUGUGGACAUAUAAAUACAAUCUAGAUUAAAUAAUGUAGAAUAUAUUUCUGUGGUUGGAGCCAUGCCCGUGGAAGGUGGUGCUGAAUUGACGUAGACAAUCGCUGUGACGUUGACGUCACAUUAUGAUUAUUGCGUCAAAAGUUGAAUUCUUAUCUAUCUGUUGCUCUGAGAUUUAGAGCCAUAUCGCUAUCGCUCUGUUGUUGCUUUUGCAGUGCGACUUCUACAGUCAGAUCGAGGCCAUCUCAAGUUCUGUUUUUGAGGUGCUGCUGAUUAUGACAACUUGCAGGGGAGUUGUAUCACAGGUAUGUAUAGCAUAAUUAAAAUACUGUCUUGCACGUUUUACAGACCAUUUAGUGGGGCCCGUAUAUGAGCCUAGCUCCGUCAACAUGAAAUCAAAGAAGCAGAUUAAGAGAAAUGGCAAUAUGUGAGGAAGACUAUUAUUUUUAUAUUUAUAUUUUUGGCGUUUCGAAUCCACACGUAGAUCAAGUGUGCUUUGAUAUUGGACAUUGUGCCGCUGUUCCCUAAGAAUAUACUUCACCAUCACACAGUCAGGGGAUGUGGCUUGACAUCGACACUAGCUAGGUUGACAUCCAAAAAGCGGCAGAUUUUCAUGCGAAUAUUCUAUAGUUCGCAUAAAGAAAAUAUACGCUUUUUUCAACCAGUGGUGUUUCCAGCAAAUGUAUUUGUUGCAGAAAAAAAUGUGUGCAUGAUGAUGUAGUCUCCACAAAAUGUACGUUUUCAUUGAAAUUGUGAUGUAGGCCUACAGUAUAAAAAUCUAAA